AUGGAGACAAUAUAUCUCGACAAAUCAGCUCUAAAAGCAGUGGAUGACUACUGGGAGUACAGAAGGACUGUGGGUGUUGAUGAUGGAGGAAAGCUGUUCACUCCAGAGCAAUAUGAGGAGUACAAGAGGAAGGUGGUCCCUCAGCGAGUGAAAAACAGGCUAUAUGUGAGCUUUGGGGUCCCAGGAGGCAUCGACUGCAAACUCAUCGGCCCUGAGACACAGUGCUUCUGUACACAUAGGUACAAGCAACAUAAGACUGACUUUGAAGUGGCUCCCUCUGAGAGACCGAUCGCUCUACAAUGCCAGGUCAAAGGAUGUCGUUGUCCUGCCUACCGGUAUGUUCCCCGGAUUGGACCAAACCCUGUUCGCUGCAGGUGUAAGCACUUACCUCACGAUCACAGUGAGGCUGCUGGCCACUUCUGCAAAAAGUGCAGUUCCUGUUCUGGGUUCCAGAGCACCUACACCUGUGGAUGUGGCCAGCCCAGCUCUGCCCACCGGACCCUAGUUGAGACAAAAACAGAAAGGGAGGCACGCGGUCAGCCCAUAGGCAGGGAUGUCCCUUAUGCUGCCAUGGGAGGGUUGACAGGGUUCAGCUCUUUGUUGGAUGGUUACCUCGCUUUGGAAACCAGUGGCUCAGAUCAAGACAGAGAAGAUGGCUCCCAGCAGAGCUGUUCGGCAUCGAGGAUGAAAGAAGCGUCUACUAAAACAUCCAGCUCUUAUCCACUGUAAGCGAGACUGUUCA